CUGCAGGUGCCAUGGCCAUACGAUGGUUCUCCUCCAACUGUUGUCGUACCGACCGUGCAAGAAGUUGAGCGCCCCUGUCAAUUUCCGGGCUUGUCAUUUACGCAGAUGUCGCAGCGGUGUUGGACCGAGGAUGGAAGUCGCUUGAUUGUUGGCACUGCUUGGAGAAGCAAAAUGGAAUUGGUGGCAAUAGACGUUUCUAGUGGCCAUGUGGCCAGACUGACGAAUCACAGUCAAUGUCACGGUAGUUGGCAGGUAGUGGAUGUUUGCCAAGACGAUAUCCUUGCUGUAGUUUCCGCUCCAAACCGGCCGCCUGCUUUGCUCCUCGGAAUUAUACCUGUGAAAGGUCAAGAAGACGAGAUGGUUUGGACUCGACUUGACAACUGUUCGAUCAUUGAGAAACGGAAAAAUCUUUUGAACUACAACUGGCAGCUCGUUGGCUUCCAACGCGAAGGUGAGACGCCAUAUGAGGGGGUACUGAUGAUGCCAAACGAGGGUGAAUCUCUACCGUUGGUUGUUUGUCCUCAUGGAGGACCGCACGGCGUCUCAGUUGCUGGAUGGCCUCGACGAAGUGUAACUUCUUUAAUCAAUUCUGGAUUUGCUUUUCUCUAUGUCAAUUACCAUGGAUCGCUAGGGUUUGGAGACAAAUUCGUCCGGUCUUUACCAGGUAAAUGCGGCAAUCUGGAUGUCAAGGAUGUACACGUGAGCUACAAACAUUGUUACGCCUCCUCCUUCCAAGAUUUCACCGCACAGGUCACUUCAGCUCACAGAAAGUAG